CAAACUGACGUGAGGGUGGCGGCCGGGAUGGUGUUGCUGGGCUUACUGCAAGCUGGGGGGUCGGUGCUUGGGCAGGCGAUGGAGCAGGUAACUGGCGUCAAUCUCCUAUCCAGUCUGCUCCUCGCCUGCGCCUUCACGCUCAUCUUAGUUUACCUGUUCCGCCAAGCCAUCGGCCACCUGGCCCCACUGCCGGCUGGAGCGAAAAGUCCACCAUACAUUUUCUCUCCAAUUCCAUUUCUUGGACAUGCUAUAGCAUUUGGGAAAAGUCCAAUUGAAUUCCUAGAAAAUGCUUAUGAGAAGUACGGACCUGUAUUUAGUUUUACCAUGGUGGGCAAAACGUUUACCUACCUUCUGGGGAGCGAUGCCGCUGCACUGCUUUUUAAUAGUAAAAAUGAAGAUUUGAAUGCAGAAGAUGUCUACAGUCGCCUGACAACACCUGUGUUUGGGAAGGGAGUCGCAUAUGAUGUGCCUAAUCCAGUUUUCUUGGAGCAGAAGAAGAUGUUAAAAAGUGGCCUUAACAUAGCCCACUUUAGACAGCAUGUUUCUAUAAUUGAAAAAGAAACAAAGGAAUACUUUCAAAGUUGGGGAGAAAGUGGAGAAAGAAAUUUGUUUGAAGCUCUUUCUGAGCUCAUAAUUUUAACAGCAAGCCAUUGUUUACAUGGAAAGGAAAUCAGAAGUCAGCUUAACGAGAAGGUGGCACAACUGUAUGCGGAUUUGGAUGGUGGUUUUAGCCACGCAGCCUGGCUCUUACCAGGCUGGCUUCCCUUGCCCAGUUUCAGACGCAGGGACAGAGCACAUCGAGAGAUCAAGAAUAUUUUCUAUAAGGCAAUCCAGAAACGCAGACAAUCAGAAGAAAAAAUUGAUGACAUUCUCCAAACCUUACUAGAUUCUACUUACAAGGAUGGGCGUCCUUUGACAGAUGAUGAAGUAGCCGGCAUGCUUAUUGGACUGCUCUUGGCGGGGCAGCACACAUCCUCAACUACCAGUGCCUGGAUGGGCUUCUUUUUGGCCAGAGACAAAACACUUCAAGAAAAAUGUUAUUUGGAACAGAAAACAGUUUGUGGAGAGGAUCUGCCACCAUUAACUUAUGACCAGCUCAAGGAUCUAAACUUACUUGAUCGCUGCAUAAAAGAAACGUUAAGACUUCGACCUCCGAUAAUGACCAUGAUGAGAAUGGCUAAAACUCCUCAGACUGUGGCAGGGUACACUAUUCCUCCAGGACAUCAGGUGUGUGUUUCUCCCACUGUCAAUCAAAGACUUAAAGACUCAUGGGUAGAACGACUGGACUUUAAUCCUGAUCGCUACUUACAGGACAAUCCAGCAUCAGGAGAGAAGUUUGCCUAUGUGCCAUUUGGAGCUGGGCGUCAUCGUUGUAUUGGGGAGAAUUUUGCCUAUGUUCAAAUCAAGACAAUUUGGUCCACUAUGCUUCGUUUAUAUGAAUUUGAUCUCAUUGAUGGAUAUUUUCCCACUGUGAAUUAUACAACCAUGAUUCACACCCCUGAAAACCCAGUUAUCCGAUACAAACGAAGAUCAAAGUGAAAAAGGCUGCAAGGAACUAAAGUGUGAAAGAAACAUCAUUGUAAACUGCAAAAGCAUUGAAGAGAAUGUUUAUGCAACACCUCCCAGUGUAUUCUCUUUGUGAGUGUGUAAUUUUAAAAGACAGCCAGCUCAACUUAGGGUUUUUGUAUUUUAACUGAAUGGUUCCAUAAAAUCUAAUGGCCUUCUAGAAAUUUCCUAAUAGUUUUAUAUUGGUUAUUACAUAUGUUUUAUGUAAGGAAAUCAAGCUCAUUAGUUUAUGGAGGGGAUCUUUGACAAUUGGCAGAGUGUAAAUAACACAAUUUCCAGGUAUUAAAGACCAUAUACAUAGCUCUUAGCAAGUAAAUUCAGAGUGUUCAGAUCUUGGCCUAGAUCUGCAAGUAUAAAAGCCCAGUAAACUCUUUGGAAGUCUUAGGUUAUUUAUUCAUUUACUGGGUAAUGUUGUGUUUAACGAUGAGUGGGAAGGGAAUAAACCCACAGUUAGAGCCUUGGAUGAGAGAAUCCUAUUGUUUUGACAUGAUGAUCCUUAAUGAUGGGGCUAUGUUGUAGGAAAAUAUGUCCUUUGAGAUUUUAACUAAAAGCACUGUCUGUAGGAAUCUGAAGAAAGAUCUAUGACAAUGACUUAAUUAACUUUCCUACAAAAUAAUAAAGACUGCUCUUGUAACUUGAUCUAAUUACUAAAUCUUACACAUUUAUCUGCCUGGUAAUCGCUCCACAUGGUUGCAUCCAUGUGCAAGUCCAAAAUAAAGUCCUUGAGGGAU